CCUCCGUAGUCCGACACCGUACCUAUCGCCGUCGUAUUAUCGCCGUCGGUGCGACUGUUUUUUUUUUUUUUCUCUCUGUAUAUUUCUUUUUUCCUUUCACGAUAAACUCAGUUCGACACCGCCAGUUCACGUAGACGUCGUUCGCGAUCGCGUUACCCGUCCGAUUUCCGCCGUGACGUUCUUUUGUUUUUGGUUUUUUUUUUGCGCCGAAUCAAAAAAAAAACCCACUAAACAAAUACGGUGAAAGUGAACGCCGCGAGCAGACUGCCGUACUACCUAACCGCACCACUGCCGCUGCCACCCCGAAGCGACCGCUGCCCGCAAACGCCGCGAUCGAAAACGAUUACCAGUACCGCCGAGCUGCUCAGGGCCCGCUGCGCAAGCACAACACCCCGGGCCGUCGUCGUCCUCGCUUCAGGCCGGUCUCGUUCCACGCCGCCAGCCGCCGAUCCAGCGGACAGCCGCCUACGCAGCCAGGUACGCGCCGCACUAAUAAUAGUUUCCGGUCGCCCCCGGGGGAGACCCGGUCCCGUCGGAUCCGCGAGCGUCGGCCAACGGGGCCAACCCUUUGACCGACGGCCGUUCCUCGCCAUCUGUUGCACCUGUGCCCCGUCCGUCACACCUGCGCGUCCCACUCGGUUCCUUCCGCGCGCACAAUGCUUCGCUUUGCCCCCCGCGAUCGGGCGGCACGCCGUAAAACUGCGCCCGAUCGGUCAUUUAGGGACGGAGGGGGACACCUGUCGACGAACCCCACGCGCCCGUAAUUCGUUUGCCCCCCCCCCCUCUAUCGUUUAUUUCGUUUUGUUUUUGUGCCGCGUUACCGUCGCGCACCGGCAUCGCCGAAUACCAUAAUUUACCCGGGUUCUUUCUGCGACGCGAGUAACGUUUACCCGUGGUCUGUGCGCAGUCGGUGCGCACGUCUCUCGAUAAUAUUGUUAUUUCGUGGCUGCGACACGCGAUAAUUGUGUUGACCCCCGAGCGCGAUAAUAGCGAAUAUUAUAAUAAUACGCCGCGCACCGAUAUCGCUCGUGCGCUCGUAAUAAUUGGCCAACGCAUUCGUUAGAUAAACGAAACGAACGAUGCCCGUAAAUUUUUAAUUCCGACGCGCGUCUCCACCGUAACAGUGAAGCGCAACGCCUUUGUUCGCACGACGUUAACGUUAACGAGCGUUCGCUAUUUUACGCGCGGUCGAUCGGUAUUGAUAACUCAAUAGUUUGAACAUUUACACUCCCGCAGGUGUAGGUGUUUAGCAGUUCGAACGUAAAAACGAAAAUGCCGGCGUCCGGUCCAGUGUAUCAGCCGACCACGGUCAGCUACGAACAACAGAGCGAAUGGUCGCAGCCGUCCAACGGCUUCAUUAACCGCACCCUGAAUCAGAUCCGAAACCCGAGAUGGUUCCACUGGUCGUUCAUUUUGAUCAGCUGGAUACUGAUCGCCGUCGGCGUGUUCAUGUUCCUGUCCAUCACCACGAACUAUAUGCGCUCCGACGACGCAAAGGACAACCACACCGGGGAUAUUGCGUUUUUGGUCAUCGGUUCUUUCUGCUUUGUUUUCGGCGUCGUCCUGUUGAUCGGCUACUUCCGAUACAUCAAGGACAAAGAGAGUUGCCCCUGUUUCAGUAGCAAAGCGCGACAAAUGGAAUCUCAGUCAUCCAACGGACAGGUACGUGUGCCGAUUCGUAAACUAUCGGACUGUAAUGUUUUUCGAAUAAAAUAUUGACCACUGUGCUUUUCGAUCUGUGCAGGUACUUACGUUGAACCCGUCCACGGAUCUUUUAAUGGCGUCUGCACAGUACAACGCGUCUUCAGAAGCUCCGCCAACUAUAAUCGAAGAAGACGAAACUAGAAAAUUAAUGGGGAACGAUAACAAAGAUUGGUAAGUGUUUUGUGUUUCUAUACGUGUGCUCGUUGCGUGAAUUAAAUGUUAUUUGGCGAUUACUUUGUUAACAUAGACCGACAUGUGAACAAUGUUAUAUUUAAUAAUCCAAAAUCUGACAAUAAUGUUAAAUAUUAAAUAAUAUUAUUUAUUUAUAAUUAGCUUUACCUAUUAUUCAUUUAUCGAACAGUAACAUUAUGAAUUAUUUAUAAUUUUGUUUAACUUUUAUAUAUUUUUUUUUUGUCAUUUAUGAAUAUGACUCAUUCUUAUAAACUCUGAAGGACACCUUGUAUUUUUUUUUUUUAUUAUUAUUAUUAUUAUUAUUAUUAUUCUUUGUAAACACAUAUGGUAAGAAAGCAAAGAACUGAAUAACUAGUGAUAUUGAUACUGUUUAAUAUACGUAAAUUAUAUGUAUUUUUAUUUUUUUUGUUAGCUUAACAAUAAAUUGUUGGCUUUUGUAUAUGUUAGAUUAUUGUUGUCUAAGCUCAUCGAUAUAAUUAGAUAUCUACCAUUGAUUGGUGCUAUAACUUAUAAGAACAAAUGUUUUGUUUUUGUUUUAUAAUAAAUUAUUUAAAAUGGUUAUUGUGACUAUUAGGUUGUUUGUUUGUUUUUUUUAUUAUUAUUAUUAUUUAUAAAGUUAUAUAUAAAUAGUUAUAAAUAUUCUUUUUUUUUUACUGUGUUGUGUGUAUAGCAAUGAUGAAAGAGAUCACAUGUUAGUCACAAGCAACCCGCCGGUAGCGGCAGUCCGCACGCAUGUACCCAUCUCGCCGCUUUCCGGUGAAGAGGCUUGACUUGAGGCCAAUUUCACUGACUCUCUAUCGGGCAUCAAUGACUAUUAUCACAAGUGAGAUGUCCCAAUAUCAUCCAAUAAUAGUUUAUGUUUUACACAAAACAAGGUUCAUCUAACACACACAUACUUGAUACAUGGUUAUUGUUCUUUGUAGAUAUGACAUUCCCACAGUUCACAAUCACUACUAUUCUCCACAAACACCUGUCCACAAUAAAGCACAAUCAUGCGGUGGCUGGACUGCGCCACUCGCGUUACACGAUGACUUGACACCUUCCAUAUGUUCAUCCGUUUAUAGUCUGGAUCAGAUGAAGUGACUAAUCGACCCAAAAUCUGACAGUUUAUCGAUUUUUAAAUUGUUCAUAUUUUGUUUUAAGUUGCCUAACUACUGAUGCUCAGUGUGCACAAUAUUUGUAUUUAUUUAUUAACAAUUUUUAUUGUAUUUUCAUUAUUAUUAUCUUCAGUGGUCAAUGGUACUAAAAAAAAAAAAAAAAUAAUAAUAAUAAUUUUAUAUAUAUAUAUAUAUAUAUAUAAACAUAUAUUUAUGUGUGUGUGUAAAGUUGUGAUUUCCAUUAUUAUUAUUACGAUUAUUAUUUUUUUUGAUAAUUUUUAUUAUGUAUACGUGAGUAAAUUAUAAAGUUUCUAUUAUGUCUGUAAGUGAUACGUUUUAUUAUUGUUAAACUUUUGCAUGUUUCCAAGUGUAAAAUAAAUGUAACUUAAAUCAUAAUUAACGAAUAAAAUAAUGAUUAAAUUUGUAUAACGAAUUUUGACAUAAUGUUAUAAUAUUAAUUAUAGUUUUAAUAAUACGAGUGUUCAACAACAGCAUUUAUUUUAAGUGUAUAAUAUUGUAUAAGAUAUCAUACCGUAACAACAAUGGAUGUGAUUAACCUCAUUUAUAUGUACUUUUGUAUACUUACCAUUUGAAUUAUUAUUAUCUUUGACGAGUCCAUUUUUGUGUUUCGACAUUAAGUAUUUUAUAACUUAUAAAUCUUUAAUUAUUUUAAAAUAUAAUUAAGCUUUUUUCACCUCUUAAUGUUUUGUUUUACGCUUUCAGUCGUAUAGAAAUUAUUUCCAACCGUGUCAAUGUACGCAUAUUAAUUUUGUAAGCUUUACACCUAUUUGAUUUCAGAAAACAAAUUUCUUGAAUUAUAAGAAAAUAUUUAAUUGCGUAUGUAAUAUAAAUAAACAAAUCAUAGCCUUAUUGUUCCCGUACACAUUUAUUAAUUUGCUUAGUAGAAUUAUUAGUCUUUUCUAAAAUCGAUAAACCUUUGUGUGGCACCGUGAUAUAUUUUAAGUGUAACACUCAUUGUUAUUACCCGAUAAACUGUAAUGAUAAAAUAAUGACAACAUUGUAUUUAAAUGCCUAUUAAAUAGGUAUAAAAUAUGUUCAACUUAAUACAUAAUGUGUAUUUUAUUAAAAUUAAAAUUAAAUUUUUAUAAAUUUAGUUAUUUUACGAAUGUGUACUCUAUUUAAAUUUUAGUAUAUUAUUUGUCUGUUUUAUUAUGUAUUGUAAUUACCUAUACAUUUAAUAGAUUUUUUUUUUUUUUUUAAUAGCCAUUUCACAAAAAGUUACUCAUAUAGUAGUGUACAAUUUUUAAACAAAAUACUGUGUAUUGUGAAGUGUGAACUGUACAAAUAUUUAACCAUUCUAAUCUGUCUAAAUUAUUAAUUAAACAACCAUUGUAUUUCAUAUAAUAACCUAAGGGCCAAGACAUACUUUUUAAAACUAUUUUAUUUUUACAUGUCAAUAUAAUUUAUAAAUAAAGAUUUUUUCAUGGAGUGUACACAUUGAUCAAAUGCAUAGAUCAUUGUUGUUAAUAAUAUUUAUUGGCCUACAUUUCAUUUAUAUUCUCGCCUUAAAAUAAUAUUUUUAUCAGAUAAAAUCCAAAGGCAAACAACACUUGUAUUUCAUCGAUAAUUAUACUGCUGUACCAAUAUUGUUUUUCAAGGUCAAUGUUUAUAACUUAUUAUU